CAUUUCCUGUUAGUAUAAUUUUCGCAUUUCUGCAAACAAAAAACAAAGAAAAUCCGCAAUGAGAACCGCCGAUUCAUCUCAUAUUUUAGAUGUGGUAGACUAUCUAAAAAAAGUACUAACAUUUUCGGGAACAUGGCCAGUACGCAAGCCUUCCUGGUCUCACAGAAUGAGAAAAACAAUUAGUUGGAUCUUUGACAUAUCAAUUCAAAUUUUCUUAUUCGCGGAAGCGUAUAAGAACUUUACACACCGCGAAUACAAAGAAUUGACCGAAAUGUUGUCCAUUAUGCUAUCAUUUAACUCUUGGCUUAUUAAACGCACGAUAUUUGAGCUUAAUUAUGGUGCUCUUCUAAGCCUUCUUGAAAAACUUGAUGAUCCCGUCCUACACGACUUUCCUAAACAUUGCGACGGUUACAUUAAAAGAGCAAACAGAUUAACAAUGAUAUGCGCAGUAUCAUUUCAAUUCUUUGCUGCUAACAUGAUACCAUUCUCGUUAUUCAAACCAAUUUUUAACGCAGGGUUAGCUAUGCACUUCUCUGUUGUGGAAUUAGGCCACUGGUAUUACCCGGUUCACAUUUAUGAGUGUCUUGCAAUGGCAAACACCUGCUACAAUAACAGCACCAUGGACUGUCUUUCAAUGGCUUUAGUCUCCGUUGGUAGUACACAAUUGGAAAUACUAAAAGAUAAAAUAACGUAUAGCAGACAAUGGGCUGGUCUUACAACAGAAGAAAUUGAUAGUGGUAUUGUUAAUACAGGUCCUGACAUGGAUCCAAUACUUGAUGGCAUAAUUCUUGAGCAUUUAAAUAAUUGCGUGAAACAUCAUUUAAAAAUUUUAGAUUUAUUGGAUAAUAUUGAGAAAAUAUUAACAUAUCUUAUAUUAUCACAGUUUUUUACAAGUGUAUUAGCAUUUUGCAAUACUUGGUUUCAAUUAGCGUUAGAAGAUCAACUUGUUAAAAUUUUGUUCUUGGUAACGUACGCAACUGCUUUGCUUAUACAGUUGGGGUUGUAUUGUUUAUUUGGUGACCGAGUUAUUGAAAAGAGUCAGGAACUUUGUGAAGCGUGCUACUUUGCAGACUGGUAUAAAUCAAACAAGGCCGUGAAUAAAACGUUAAUGUUAAUUAUGGAAAGGGCAAAACGUCCCUCCGUUAUAACUGCUGGAAAGUUAUCCGUUUGCAGUCUAGUAACAUAUACUGGACUGAUGAGAAUGUCAUAUUCAUAUUUUGCGUUGAUGAAUCGAUUGUAUGGUUCAACAUAAAUUAAUAGAUUAGAACCAAGGUCAAUAGUUCAUAGUGAACAUACACUGCUUGCAAACAAAUUAUCAGUCAGCAAAUUAUAGGCUUUAUUAUACAUUUUGAUUAUAUUGAAAAGUUAUAAAAAACAUGAUUAAAACCGCCAUAGACAAACGAACAAA